AGCCAAUGACAACAGCUGAGAUCUACCGAUCAUUGAAAAGCAAAGCAAUUUUGACAUAUUUCAACUUGUAAACAAUUGAAAUAAACCUAGUAAAGAACAGGAAAAUUCAACGGUUUUAUCGCUUCACAUGGAUAAUUAAUUAAAGUUCGCCCUUAACUAAAGUUGCUUCAUAUGUUGUUGUGGAAGCCGGUGUAUCUAGGCAUGCGUUUAACUAACAGAUGUUUGAAUUGUGGUUGUAAGCCCAAAAAGUGAUUGGAAAAUUUAAGUUUGCUUUUAGCAUAAAAAAAGCAAUGCUCAUAUUGUGAAGUGAAAAUUGGAAGAUCUCAAUAUAAUUGGAAAAGCCUUUAUAAAGUAAAAUAAAAACCUCAACCCAGCCCAAUAUAACGAUGUCAAUACUGCCUACAAAUUUAUGCCGUUUAUGUCUUCAUGCCAGUCAUGAUCUUAAAACUCUAUAUGAAAAGAAUGGUCAUGGCAAUGCCUUGUAUAAUAUCAUCGUAGAACAUUUUCAGCCAAAGGUCUUGAAUUUGAUGAAGGCUACACAUCUCAAAGGUAUUUGUAAGGAUUGUUGGGCGAAAACUUGGGACCUGCACCAUUUCCAACAACUUGUUGCAGAAGCUCAAGCCAAGCUAGAAGCAAUGGGUGAAAAAGUUGUUGAGGUAAAAGUGGAGGAGCCAGAAGAAAAUUAUGUCUAUGCUAAGACCACCAAUAAUGAUUUAGACUUUGCUCCUACCACUAUGGUUAAGGUGGAAAGAGAUUUGGUGGUUGGCGGUACAAAGGUUAAACAGGAGCCUUUACUUAGCACUGACGAAGCAGAUGAUGAUGAUGAUGGUGAAGAUGAAGACGAUGUAGAUGAAGAAGCACUUCUUAAAGAAUCUCAAGAUGAUGACGAUUCUGAAGACAAAGAAUACGAUGAGGACAAUGACGAAAACUUUUCUAUGGAAACAGAUUAUUCUACAAAUUCCCUUAUAAAGCCCAAGCUGGAGAUAGUUGAUGUCCCUGAUGAUAUGGACGAAGCGGAUGAGGAAAUGCCUUUGCUGAAAUAUAAAGCGGAGGGAGAUCAAUCCGAGAGCAAUCUAGAAGUACCCGAUAUGAAGUGCAUAGUCUGCUUGGAACCUUUUAACGAGUUUGCAUUACUGCGUGAACACUUUCGCCAAAAACAUCCCCGCCAUGAGUUCUACAUCCUUUGUUGUCAACGAAAAUUCAACAUUCAAAGUCAAAUUGAGGGCCAUCGACAUCUGCACAAGAAUCCCCAUGCCUUUCGCUGUGAGCUCUGUGGUCGUUGUCAUACCACCAAAAGUGGCCUCUUUCAGCACAAGAAACGCGUUCACCCUUUUUCCCAGAACAAGGAGUAUGCCUGCGAUAAAUGCGAUCGCAGCUUCACCACUGAGCGUGGUCUGCUGUAUCAUGAUACCACUAUACACAAUGGUUUUCUACGCUCCCAGCCCAAGGUUAUAGUUCAGCCAGAUGGCUUCACCAUCUACAGAUGCAAUGACUGUGGCUAUGCCUGCAAUUUCAAGCGGGCCUUCAGUCAGCACUGGUGGUAUGAACAUAGACUGGUGCCAAAACACAAAUGUCCAGAGUGUGGCAAACUCUUCAAAAAGCCCUUCCAAUUGCGCAAGCAUCAGAGGUCACACAAGGAGAAAAAUGUCUGUACUACCUGCUUCAGGGAGUUCACCCGUUUGUCCGACCUACAAAAGCACAUCGAGAAGAAGCACACCUCUGCUGCAACAGAAGGCCAGGAGAAGAAAACAAAAUUGGGGAAUAACUGCACGACUUUCGAAGAAUCCCCCAAUCUAAAAAAACCUAAACCUGCUGUAGAAUAUCCCUGUAAGUAUUGUAAGCAAAUCUUCAAUAAAGAAGAUUCUCUUAGGCUGCACAUUGAGGAGAUACAUAAACCCGAUCACAAAUGCUAUCUCUGUAAUCGAGCAUUUCGCUCCGCGCGUGGUGUCAUAUCCCAUAUAGCCAAACACAAGAAAAGUGAUACCGAUAAUGGAGAUCUAUCGCUGAUCGCAGAUGAAUACAUAUCUCAAAAUGCCACCAAUGUGAGCCCCCUAAAUGCCAAUGACCCGAAUUUAUAUAAGUGCAGCAUUUGUGAGAAACUAUUCGAGUCCUAUGUCAGCAUGCGCCGCCAUUAUUUAGGUCAUAAGAAAGGCGAAACCUUUUUCUGUGAAAUUUGUGAUCGUCGAUUUACACGUGCCAAUAACCUAAAAAUGCAUCGCAUAAAUCAGCAUGGACUGAAUAAAGAGGAAAACCUGCCCGACACGAGAGAUGAUGGUGAGGAGGAGAAAAUCAGCAAGAAGUAUGACGAUAGAGAAGAUCCCACUUGCAGUAGUAAGGAUGAUGAUAGAGAAGAUAACACCAAGAAGAAUGAUGUUAUAGAAAAUGCUACCAGUAAGGAUGGUGAUAAGGCCAGCAAAGACGAGCAAGACAAUGAUGUAUCUGCCAAGGUGAAAUUGGAGCCAAUGAAUAGGAAUACAAGUCAUAAUGUUAAGAAAGAAACUUUAGAAGCUAAUACCAUACAAAUUAAAUCAGAAAAAUCAUUCUAGGUUUUUCCACAUGCGAAAAAUAUAUAUAGGACAAACAUCGGAGAGUAAAUUUAAUAAAUUUUAAACUUAAA